AUGGAAGAAGUAAAUACAUUCGGUGUACCGCAAGACCGGCCGCGUAAAAGGCGCCGUCGUACCAUGGCCUGUACGCAGUGCCGUAGUCGCAAAUUGCGCUGCGACCGGGAGUAUCCUACUUGUGGCCGCUGCCUGAAGAGCAGAGCGCCCACCAAGUGCACCUACGAGGAUGGCUUCUUGUGGCAACAGCCCACAACUGUCUCGACAUCUGCAUUUCCAUCGGACCGAGGAUCCACUCUAGGAAUGCCCCCGACUGAUCAGACUCUCCAGACACCCCCGGACUCGGGUUUAGGGGCGCCGUCGAUUCGGUCGGAAACACUCGUUUCGACAACCCUGCCCGACUCGGCUCCAGCUCCCUCUGAUGGCCCCCGCCAUCCUCGGAAACAUGGCCACAGUCAUGGUCAUGGUCACGGUCACGGUCAUGGCAAGGAGCGUCGUGAUUGUUUCUUGGAAACUGUUCUCGGUGCACCAAGAGCUGCCGUUAAUCAGGAGACUUAUGUGAACACGGACCUCCUGCAACGCCCGAAACGUCUGCAGCCUGAACCCGAGGCUAGCUUCUCGUCGCAGGUCGACAGUGAAGAUAUUAAUGCCGUUGGUCCCGGUAAUCCCCUAAGCCCAUCUCAUCAAUUGGACAUUUCCCCUCGCAUCAUGUUAAGAGGACGAGAGACCAAAACCCGCUUCAGCGGUUCUGGGAUAUAUGCCAAUUUGGUGGCCCAGUUCCCUGAUAUCCGAUCCUUUGCCGAGGACAUCCGGCUAUCGAACCCGAUCAUGUCACGACUUCGCCCAGAUCUAGAGCGAGUCAAGAGAGGAUUAUGGAAGCGACGGCCGCUCAAUGAGCCAUUCCCAGACCCUACGACGACAUCUUUGAUCUCUCUGCUCCCAGCACGAGCGGUGGCCGAUGAGCUUAUUGGCCUGUAUCUGACCUACAUCGAGUCAACUCAACGGAUCAUCCACGUCCCGACUUUCCUUCGUGAUGUUGAGGAAUUCUGGUCAAGUUUCGACAACCCGUCUAUCCAUUCCGCUGCAUUCGUCGCCCAGCUCUUAUUGAUUCUUGCGUGUGCAUGGAAUUUUGCCGAUGUGACCAGUCUCCAAGAGAAGUCUCCGACACCUCUCAGGUGUUAUACCGCACUGGAAUGGGUUCUACAUGCCGAGAAAUGGAUCAUCAACGCCCGUAUCAAGCGAGCUGAUAUCACCACCUUGCGUCUAUAUAUUUUACUGAUCACCGCCCAAAAUUCUUUCGGCAUGAAACGCAGCCAGGCGUGGCUGGCUACCAGCCAGAUGGUCAGGUCGGCUAUGAUGUCGGGUUAUCACCGAGAUCCGAGCAAGUAUGUUAGGAUAACUGCUUUCAAUAAGGAAAUGCGUCGGCGCAUCUGGUUCACGAUCGUGGAGCUGGAUCUUCAGGUCGCCCUUGACCGCGGCAUGCCUCCAAGCGUUCAAGCUUCUGACUACGAUACCCUUCCUCCAUUAAAUAUAAACGACGAUGAGCUUCAUGAAACUACCAGCGAAGCUCCUGAGGAACAUCCCAUCGGCGAUGCUACCGAUUGCUCUUACCAGACUGCUUUUGCCAAGUCCCUUCCCGUCCGUCUGAAGGCGUGUCACCUCAUGCAUUCUCCACGGCUGACCUGUCGAUACGAAGAAAUUCAACGCCUCGACUGGGAGUUAACCCGCCACCUGUCUCAGAUUCCCACGUGGUACUUAACCGAAACCAGCGACCCUCUCACACAACAAAAGGUGACUUUGUGGAAGGCCUUUAUGGAAAUAAAACUGGCACACAGCCUGCUGUCUAUCCAUACACCAUUUGCAGUUGAGGCUCGUCGCGAGGCACUAUUUGCCCCAUCAGCGCGGUCGCGCUUGGAUGCAGCCGUCAUGAUACUUUCCACACAACGUCGACUCCAUGAAACAUCACCUUUGUUGUCAUUGUGCGUUCUUGGGGAAUGGACGCUCCAAGCAAUUAUUUCUGUCUGUCAAGUGUUGCAUUCCCUAGACUCUCAAGGUGCUGGUAACACGCAUCCCUCGACUAUUACCUUCCAACUCGCCAACCUAGCAGGAUUUCCUGACUCUCUCAUGUCUCUCGUUGAAUCCGCUCUUAUGGCACUGGAAGUCCGCUUCCUGUUGAUCGUCAAGGGCGCGAAAGAUUAUUUUUUCUUAUCGACAAUUAAUGCAUUAGUGAAGGCGAAGCUUUGGCCGGCCCAGGCGAUGAUGUACAAGCAACAGGUAGUGGAGCGAGUUCUGUCAUUUGCGCAGACACUAUUUUCACGACACGCGACAUGUGAGCACCUUGGGAAUCCUGGUAUGGGAAGUUUCAAAGACAACCAGGUAGUCGCUUUUCUUGCAACUCCCGGCAUGCCGCCCGUCAUGGCUUCCGAUUUCAGUGGCAUCCUCCCACCGUCCAAUCUCGGUGUUACGCCACCUGGAGAUUUCGAUCCCUUUUUAGAUGUUUUCGAUUGGGACGAUCUGACCGGCAUGGGAAUUUAG